AUGUCACUCACUUCAAAGAAAUUUGUUAUUUUAAAGAGGAUUGUGGAGAAGAUUCUACUCCCAUUCAGUAACCUUAUCUUCCUUGUGGUUCUGCUGGGUCUCCCUUUCCUGUAUCGAUUUAAAUAUAACACCUCAGUCCAGGAGCAUGGGUACCUGAACAGGUACUCAAUGAACGAGGUGGUUCAAUCAGAGUUUGAUUUAAUGUAUAAGACUAAAGAGUACUUAUUAUCGGACUCGAGUUUAAAGCACCUCGAAGAAAAAGAACACAUCAGAGAUAACCACUACAACUACUACACAAAUAAAAACAACUACACAGAUUAUCAGCAAGAUUUUAAAAAGACUGAAACGGAUUCAGCAUACUCAUACUGGUCGGAUGUACGCUUUGAAGAUACACCCGAGAUAUUUGUAAAAAUAGCACAUACACUCAAGGAUAUAAAAAACGUGCAGGUGUCAUACAACAGAUUUAAGUACACAUUUCCAACAAGUGGAAAAAACAGUGAGAUAUAUGGACACAAUUUGCUGUUCAAAGUCAACUGUCUGAGGUGCCUGGCGAGAGGAGCGACGCUGCUGGUGGCGACGAUCAACACCGACAACUACAAGGAGGACGUGACGAGCGUGGUGCUGAGCCUGACGGCAAUCAAGCACCUGUCGAACGCACAGUACCUGUCGCAGAACAUCUUCCUGCUGGUGACGAUGAAGCAGCUGCCCUUCGCAGUGGGAACGAGGCAGUUCCUGCACGACUACUUCAACAGCCACUACUUCAAGCACAGGUCAGGCACGCUGCACAACGCGCUGGUGGUGGACCUGGGAACGAACAAGUGCUCCUCGUUCCUGAUCAGCUACGAGGGAAUAGACGGGCACCUGCCGAACCAGGACAUAGUUAACAUAUUCGUGGAGAUCUCGGAGGUCGAGGGGAUGACGGUGCACACGCGGGGACUGUGGCAGUCGAUCUUCAGAAUGGCAGUGAACGUGGACAGGCUGAGGCACCACGUGCCGCUGCUGGAGAAGAACAUCAACGGCUUCUCGAUCAUGUGCAAGUCCACGAGCAAGUUCGAGCAGACAGUGAACUACAACCUGGAGCUGCUGCUGAAGUCAGUGGUGCUGACGCUGAGGAACCAGAACAACCUGCACACCAUGCUCGAGAGGUCGUUCAACUUCUACUUCUUCGUGAAGCCGACCUCGUUCGUGUCAAUCUCAAUAUACAGCCUCGUGGUGCCGCUCCUCUUCAUCAGGCAGCUGGUGAUGAUGUCCUUCAGCCCGUACCUGGACAACGUGAAGAUGAUCCUGGGCAUCGUGCUGGUCUUCCUGAACAUAGCCUUCGCGUCGACGCCGGCAUACCUGUUCCUGCUGAGGCUGGCGAGGAACAACUCGGGCAACGCAGUGGACCUGGCGCUGCUCAACGAGGUGAGGAAGUCGCUGGGCCUGCUGGUGCUCUCGUACACGCUGGUGUUCGUGGUGAACCACGCCUUCUACCUCAACUUCCAGCACAAGUUCGGAGACCAGUACGUGGGAGAAAGGUCGCUGAUGCGGGAGGAGCUGCUGGCGAAGCUGAGAAAGCUGAGUAAGGCAAAUCAGCCGAAGCCGCUCACUCGGCUCAAGGAGAAGCUGAGGAAGAUGAGGCGGCGCUUCGUGAAAAAGUGGCUGCGAAUGGGCAAGAAGUCGAGGACGCCGAAGAGGCAGAGGAGCGCGGACACGGUCCUGAGCAGGUCGGACUCCGCGGAAACGGAGGCCUCGGCACGCAGGGAGGCUGAGCUCCGCGAGAACAUGGAGAAGCUGAGGGCGCAGAACGACGCGAUGGGCCCCUACUGGUACAUAAGCAAGGUGCCGACGCGCCUGCCGAGGGUGGACGUGUUCCUGCUGCUCUCGAUAUACUUCCUGGGCAUCGCAUUCUCACUCGGGCUCUCGGUGCUCAACUGGGCGCUCUGCUUCCUGCUCACCAUUUUCAUACUCCUGCCCUUCAACGUCAUGAGCGUGCACAGCAACUCGAAGGCGCGCAACAUAGUGUGCCUGGUCUACUUCCUCGCCCUGGGCCUGCUCUUCUACCCCUUCGAGGGCUGGAUGGGAUCGGUGAGGGGCGGCGCCUUCCACCUGCUGAAGAACCUGAGCUACGGCCUCGAGGCGCUAUUCGAGGUAAACUACCUGAAGAGGUACGAGGUGUGCGAGGAGCUGGCAGACAAGUUCGCCUUUCUGAAGGACUACGUGUUCGGAAGCAAGACGCAGUGGAUCAACUCGACGGGAAACAGGUUCCUUCUGAGAAAAAUAUACUCGGCGACCGAGAAUCACCUGCUCUUCGGGUCCUACAACAUAGUGAUCCUGCUAUUCCUGUUUGGAAUCAUAGCGCACAUGAUGUUCUUAAACGUAUUUUCGCUCUUUUUCAAGACGUCGAAGACGAAAACAGAGUGA